AUGGCGAGCGGAACCCGGCCAUAUUCAUUCACGGAUUUCAGCAACGUGUCACUGAACAGUGUCAUCACUAAAGUCCACAUCGAGAACCAAGACCUGGAAAUUGUUGAUCGCCUCAUUGAGCCGCAGACCAUAGCACAUUUCUUGGAGUUUGCGCUGGGCGGUACGCUGCCCAAUGGCAAGGACUGUGAGCUUGUGCGUAUGACGGCGGACGAGCUCCCGUUGUUGCAUACAAGUCCUGACCCCGCUGCCGAUGAAACCGUCAUCAUUGACCGGGUCAUGAGUCGCAUCGGGUCCGAACAGGAUGGGGACCGGUUGUGCUUGGUUGGGAAGAACAUCCAUUCCCUGAAGAGCCGAUUGUGGGAGGGGAUUAUCCCGUUCUGUGAGCAGCGCUGGAAGGAGAAGGGCCUCGAUAGGAAAGAUAAUUUCGACGUGGCUUGUCAGCAUCUGUCGGCCGUUUGUGCAGCAUUUGAGUAUUUGAAUCAGCCCAAGGUUAUGGAGAACAUGCGUGACACGUUCAACCUGAUCUGGGAGCAUUGGAGAGAGUUGGAGGUUAUGGUAAAUAGACAACGUGGAGAGAAGCAGCAACCGUCCGUGAGCGUGACGAGCCUCUGGACCACAUUCAUGACGGCCCACAUCGAGGUCAUGACGGAGCGAGCUCAUCGCUGGGUAACGGUCAAAGUCAGCGCACUUCGCCCCCCGUUACUCGAUACGCUGCGUUGGCAUCGUCCCGUGGAUCUAGACGUGGUAGACAGAGUCCAGUGGCGGACAACCGACGCAUUACACAUGCUGGCCGAAAUCACCUCCGUCGCCGACUACGGUAUUCGUAUUCCGAUGGACGGAUACAAGGGCUACACUGCACCAGCUGCGCCGCCAAAUAUCCCUCCCGCUCUCCGCUCGACGAACUGGUCGGAGCGUGGAAAAGCAUACUCGCAGAGGCUCAAGCAAGUCUCACACGCAGCGCGAUACCAGAGGAUCAUGCAGGCGCGUGCGAGGGGUGAGACUCACCACGUUGCGGAUCCGGCGGGACUGCACCAGACGGCCCUCGAUCAGAUCAAUAGUCAGCAUCAGUUGCGGCGAGAAGUGCGCGGCAAUCCGAUUGAGCCGGUACCCCGGGAGCCAUGGAUUAUGAGGUCGUUGAAUCAGAUUGAGAAUCCGAACGACCGAACUCGGGGAUUUGGGCUGGCCGUCUACCGGCUGACUUAUGAGCAGAGCGAUGCCGAAUGGAAUGCGUGCAGACAAAAAAUAGAGCAACACAUUGCGGACUGGGGUCGGGGACAGACAGGCUCGAGUGCACUCAAGCCGUACCUGAAGCUGCACUGGAUGGAUGGGAGGGCUUUAGGCAUUCCAGAAGGAGACGUCGAGGGAGCAAGAAAACACUUCCAUGAUCUCGGUCUCUCAUCGUUUGAUGCUCAAGACCAGGUAAACGACCGGAUGUUUCUCGUAGUCGACGAGCCCAGUGUCGCCUCAUACACAGGCCCGAGCUACUCCGCCGCCCUGCCCACCACGCGCAACGGAGAGUACGCAGGUUUCGUGCUAGCCGUCGACGCCGAUUGGGACGCAGCCGAGGGUCCCGAUCGUCCAGAUGAAUGCCCGGGUUACCAUGGGCAGAUGCGAAUCCUGGGCAGCCUGGUCUGGGGAGAUCUAUACGCCAUGCACGCAGCACAAUCCGCGUUACUAGAAGAUCUAUGGCCUCUUGCCCUUGACCAUCCGAAUACAGUCUAUGUCGGGCCUGUCGUACCCGAGGAAAUCAGAUACUGGCGGCUCCAGAACGGCUUGCGCAAUGUGUGUCUGCGAACAGUAGCUGACUACGCACACAAGAAGAUCAACGGGACGCCGUUUCCUGUUGCUCCGACGCAGACUAUUCCACUACCCGCUGCCCAUGCAGGAACCGGGAAUGCAGGUCCCUCCACGUCGCCAAGUAAUCCUCCUCCUGAAUCGUCACAGGGUCAAGCGGACAAUCAACUCCGAUCAUACCUGCUGCGCGCGUUCUAUCGACAUUUGCGAAGGCAUAAUCGUUAUCGAGAAGCGGCGAUGGUGGGAGAGAUGCUGGUUACGCCUCCGAAUCAGACACCUGAUAUGGAGCGGCUGCGGCAACGCAUGGAGCAGGAGGAACGGGAGGUUCAGGCCAAUCCCGCGCCGCCGCUGAGUCAAGACGAGGAGCAUGAGUUGGAAAGGCAGGAGUUUGAGAGGGAGUCGAGUCGGUCCUCUCACAACAGCAACAAAGAAAGCGGCAGUCAAAAACUCAAAACGUGCAAUGUCCUCGAAUACGGCGCCAACGCCGACCUCUCCACUGACCUCGGCCAGCCGCCUCUAGACGGCUUUGAUGACUGCAAGACCGGCGGUCUGGUGGAUGUCCCCAAAGACAAGUACGCCAUGUCCACCUGGGCACUGCUGGACAAAGGAAGUGCCCCAUUGGCUGCUGCUUCUGCUGCGGCGACCGGCAGCGCCAGUGUCGUUGCUGUUUCCAGCUGUGUGGCUGUCACCUCGAGUCCGAGCGAUUCUAUUCUGUCUACUGCAGCAGGAGCGUACAAGGAGGUCUCCAGCUCAUCCAUUGUCGUCGCUGUUUCGGAAAUCACCUCUGCUGCUUCGUCCGUUUCUGUGGCUAUUGAGACCUCAAUUGUCUCAUCCACUGCCAACAACCCUUCUGUCAACAUCACGUCUUUGGAAGCAAUUGAGCCUACCAUUGUCCCUACUUCUCCAGUGGUUUUUGUUCCCUCGGUCUUUGAGACCAGGACAACCACUACUCCUGGCGAAGCCCAAACACUUGCCGCGAAGGCAGAAGAAGUUGGCCGGCGUGGCUAUCCUGCUCAGCAGCCUGACGGCCAGCACUUGCAUCAACACAUUCACAGAGGCCACCACCGUCGUUAG